AUGGAGCACUUCCAAGCGGCGCUGGAUCCUCGCAAGCAGGAGCUGCUGGAAGCGCGUUUCCUAGGCGCCAAGGUCAGCACAAGGGAGAUACUAGUAGAAACUCGACGGACGCCCGAAUAUAAAUCGAUGUCAGCUGGGUCACAAAUUCAGAUGGCACCACAAACCACUGUCAACACCGGGCAACCUCUACACAAUCAGGACUCCAAUAUGAGCACAGGGUCAUCUCAUAGUGAUAAAGAAGUUGAUGCUUUAACUCCUGAGAAGUCAGUGGCUAUGCGAGGCUCAACUGUAGCACCUAGUACAGCGUUAGUGCCACCUAGUGGUGCCACACCUACUAUAGCCAUGCCUGAGAGGAAAAGAAAACGAAAAGGAGACGAAGGUGUAGGCGGCGGUGGAGGAGGUGGUGGAAAGCAGAGGCAUAACUCGGAUAAAAAUAUUAGGGAAUAUUUCUCAAAGCACCCGUCGUCAAGUCCUGUGCGGCAUGCCGGCGCCAAGUCACCUUCGCCACAAGGCGCUAAUUAUCCAAUGUACCCACCGUCUCCAUCAUCGUUACUACCUUCGGGAGCCGACUUUUUACGUUCGGCGUCACAGCAACGACCUCACACAACUGUUAAACAGGUUCAAACAGACCUGACAUGUCAGAGGAUACAGGAGUUAGAAACUCAGGCAUCUUCUGACUUAGAACUAAGAAAUAAUAAAAUAGAAGAAUUAACAAGAUCUAAUGAAGAAUUGAAACAUCAAGUUCAAGCACAGAGCAAGGUAAUAGAGCAACAUAAAUCACACAUCAAUAAAUGUAUAGAAGUUGUUAAAAAACUGUUGAAUGAAAAAAGCACAAUUGAGAAAAAAGAGGCACGGCAAAGAUGUAUGCAGAAUCGGCUAAGGCUCGGGCAGUUCGUGACGCAGCGUGUCGGAGCCACAUUUCAAGAGAAUUGGACUGAUGGAUAUGCAUUUCAAGAACUUACAAGGCGGCAAGAAGAAAUAACAGCUGAGAAAGAAGAAAUAGAUCGUCAGAAGAAGCUAUUAUUUAAAAAGCGACCAGUUAACAGCGAGGGAGGAGGCGGGCGCGGCAAGCGUACGUCCACCGCGGCGCCUUCCACGCCGCAGCCCUCGCCGCUACACAACGGCACCGACGCGCCCACCUUCCUCAAGCCUGACCCGUUGCCCAGUAUGACGUAUCAGGAGUAUUAUGAAGCUGAUGAAAUUCUUAAGUUGAGACAGAGUGCACUUAAAAAGGAAGAUGCAGAUUUGCAGCUAGAAAUGGAAAAGUUAGAACGAGAAAGAAAUCUUCACAUUAGGGAAUUAAAGCGGAUACACAAUGAAGACCAGAGCCGCUUUUCCCAACAUCCUGUGCUCUCUGACCGGUACCUGCUAUUGAUGUUACUGGGUAAAGGUGGUUUCAGUGAAGUACAUAAGGCGUUUGACCUUCGGGAACAACGGUAUACCGCCUGCAAGGUGCAUCAAUUAAACAAAGACUGGAAGGAAGACAAAAAGGCCAACUAUAUCAAACAUGCUCUACGGGAAUAUAAUAUUCACAAAGCCUUAGAUCACCCAAGAAUCGUAAAGUUAUAUGACGUAUUUGAAAUUGACGGAAAUUCAUUUUGUACAGUUCUUGAGUAUUGUAAUGGACAUGAUCUCGAUUUUUAUCUCAAACAGCAUAAGACGAUUCCAGAGCGCGAAGCUCGUUCAAUUGUGAUGCAAGUUGUGUCAGCAUUGAAGUAUUUGAAUGAGAUUAAACCUCCCGUUAUCCACUAUGAUUUAAAACCCGGUAACAUUCUCCUCACCGAGGGUAACGUGUGUGGUGAAAUUAAAAUUACCGACUUUGGUCUGUCAAAGGUCAUGGAUGAGGAGAAUUACAAUCCUGAUCAUGGCAUGGACUUGACCAGUCAAGGUGCAGGCACUUAUUGGUACCUGCCGCCUGAGUGUUUUGUCGUCGGUAAAAACCCACCAAAGAUAAGUAGUAAGGUGGACGUAUGGAGUGUGGGCGUGAUUUUCUAUCAAUGCUUGUAUGGAAAGAAGCCCUUCGGUCAUAACCAGAGUCAAGCGACUAUACUGGAGGAGAACACGAUACUAAAAGCGACUGAGGUGCAAUUUGCUAAUAAACCAACGGUCAGCAAUGAGGCUAAGAGCUUCAUCCGCGCGUGCCUGGCGUACCGCAAGGAGGAGCGCAUCGACGUGUUCGGGCUGGCGCGGCACGAGUACCUGCAGCCGCCCACGCCCAAGUCGCGCGGCGCGGGCGGCGCGGCGGGCGCGGGGGGCGCGGGCGCGAGCGCGGGCGGCGGCGCCAGCUCGCUGGGCGGCGCGCCGCCCGCCGCCUUCAGCACCAACAUGUUCGGCGCGGGCUCGUCCUCCUAG